GCUGACAGCAAGGGAACGAAUUCUUCUGCUGUUGGACCCUGACAGUUUUGAUGAAUAUGACAUGUUUGUGGAACACAGAUGUUCUGACUUUGGGAUGGACUCUAGUAAGAAUAAGUAUCCUGGAGACAGUGUGGUGACUGGCCGUGGACGGAUUAAUGGGAGGCUGGCUUAUGUUUUCAGUCAGGAUUAUACUGUAUUUGGAGGUAGCUUAUCUGGAGCUCAUGCCCAGAAGAUCUGCAAGGUCAUGGAUCAAGCUGCCAUGGUUGGAGCACCUGUGAUUGGGCUGAAUGACUCUGGAGGAGCCCGUAUCCAGGAGGGGGUGGAGUCCUUGGCGGGCUAUGCAGAUAUAUUUUUGAGAAAUGUCCUGUGUUCUGGCAUAGUUCCACAGAUCUCCCUCAUUAUGGGUCCUUGUGCUGGUGGGGCUGUGUAUUCGCCUGCUUUGACUGAUUUCACAUUUAUGGUGAAGGAUACAUCCUACCUAUUCAUCACUGGUCCAGAUGUAGUUAAGUCUGUCACCAAUGAAGAUGUCACCCAAGAGCAGCUUGGGGGUGCGAAGACACACACUGCUGUAUCCGGAGUCGCGCACAGAGCCUUUGAGAACGAUAUAGACGCUUUACUUAAUCUCCGAGAGUUCUUUAAUUAUUUACCUCUUAGCAACCGUGAUCCUGCACCAGUCUGUGAAUGUCAUGAUCCCAGUGACCGCUUGGUUCCUGAGCUGGACACAGUUGUCCCAGUUGAAUCUACUAAAGCCUACGAUAUGCUGGACAUCAUACGCUCCAUUGCUGAUGAAAGGGAAUUCUUCGAGAUCAUGCCUUCCUAUGCCAGAAAUAUUGUUGUUGGCUUUGCCAGGAUGAACGGACGAACUGUUGGGAUAGUGGGCAACCAGCCCAAAGUUGCCUCAGGGUGCUUAGACAUAAACUCUUCUGUGAAAGGAGCCCGCUUUGUGCGUUUCUGCGAUGCUUUCAACAUACCACUGAUUACCUUUGUGGAUGUUCCCGGAUUUUUGCCAG